AUGUCCUCUGAGGAAACUAAACCAAAGGUUGAAGCCACCGCCGCCUCUCCUCAACCCCCUACCGCCAGUGUGUUCUCCAUGUUUGGUGCUAAGAAGGAAAAAAAGGAAGAGGAAUCCAAGGAUGAGUCAAAGAAGCAAGAUGACAACAAAGAUGAAGACGCCAACGAUAAGAAGGAUGAAGACAACGACGACGCAGAAGAAGAAGUCGACGUGCACUUCGAGCCAUUGGUCCAAUUAGAGAAGGUCGAUGUCAAAACCAACGAAGAAGAUGAAGAAGUGUUAUUCAAAGUCAGAGCUAAGUUGUUCAGAUUCCACGCCGAUACUAAAGAAUGGAAAGAAAGAGGUACCGGAGAUGUCAAAUUCUUAAAGCACAAGAAAUCCAAUAAGGUCAGAUUGGUGAUGAGAAGAGACAAGACCUUGAAGAUCUGUGCCAACCACUUUGUUUCUCCAGACUACGAAUUGAAAGCCAAUAUUGGAUCUGAUAGGUCCUGGGUGUACUCUGUAACUGGUGAUAUUUCCGAAGGAGAACCAGAAGCUCAAACCUUGGCCAUCAGAUUCGGUAACAAGGAAAAUGCCGAUAAGUUCAAGGAAGUGUUUGAAGAAGCUCAAGCCUCUAACAAGAAGUAA